UUACUAAAAAUUUUUGAAUCAAAAAACUUUAAAAAUUUUUAUUUAUCAAAUUUAUAACUAAACUCUAUCGAAUCAACAAAAAAAUGGAUGACUUAAACAGACUUGAAAAAUUCUAUGCUGUGGUACACAAAGAGUACCUAAAAGCUAGAGAAUUGGCUAGAGAUUUGGAAGAAUUCCAAAUCAUAAACGAUCCAGACGAUUAUGUCGAAACGACAAGUGAAUUCGAAGAACGAAUUGGUUCUGAUGAUGAAAUUGCUAGAGAAUUUGAAUGGCUGGAUCGUUUUACACGGCAAACAAACUACAGAAAUAUACCUGUAGAAUGGCGAUCUAGUUUAAAAAAUAUACUUGACAUGGCCGCUAGUGACGAUAUACAAUCGAUACCGGAGAUCGAAGAUUUUCCUUCGAUUAAAAUUAAUCUCGCUGAUCUUCAGAAACGAGAUGAUUUUUAUGAAAUGAAAGAACUUUCAGUGGAAGAAUCCAUGAAAAUAAAUAAUAAUCCUGUUAUGAUGAAUAAAGAACAACAGACAGCACGGCGAAGAAAUUGGCGAAAACGAUUGAAUUUCUUGCGAUCAUUGUGCUGCGUUGCCAAACAGCCAAGUUCAAAUGAUGAUAAUAAUAAUAAACCUGACGAUAUUUAAUUAUUA